AAUACCCACAUGUCUAGUUUCAGUUUCCGCGAAAUGUUACUUUCGCUUUACAGUCCUUGCACGAGAAACAACCAUGCCAAUUUCACCAACUGAUUUGCAGCGUGUUAUGGCCAUUUUGGCUGAUGAAGACCAACUCAAAGCCACUGUAAAAAGCAGUGGUUAUGGUGGUGUUAUUGCAGGGAUAACUACAACAGUCGGAGGCCUCAUUGCGGGUCCACCUGGGCUUCUCGUCGGAGGAGCAGUCGGGGGAGCGCUGGCUUACUCGAGCGCGGGGUCUUUCAAGCCUGUUUCGCAGAUUAUCAAAGACAUGAACGCUCACGACAGACAGCUGCUGUACGACACUAUGAAAGAUAUCAUUGACAAUUUGGCAGUCGACGACUAUUUAGCGUUGAUGGCUUUUCUAACUGCCGGCCCUGGCUUGUUAAUUCGACAACAACUUGUGGAUAGAAUGGUUUCGUUUUUGAGGGAUCAGAUGCGUCUUCAAAUGCCUCAUUGAUUGCGUGUUGUUCUCCUCAAACGUUUGGAAGAACUGCUGCCUUUCGGUGAUAAAUGAGGUGACAUUUAUAAUUAUCGUUUUUUCCCGACGUCGCUCUGUCAACAACGAGCUAUAAUGGACCAGGAGACAAUUUAAAACUUGGCAUUGUAGUGAAAUAAUUCGUAGAACAUUGUCGGGUUUUUUAGACAAACUACAUAUGCUAUGAAUAAAUGUAAUGGGGAAAUUUCUUGUAACUUCAUGAGGAUGUGGUGAAGGGUUUUGUGAGCCAAUCGGAUCUUGUGUAACAUCCUAGUUGGUAAUAAUCUAUUAAGUUUUAGCUGCUUGAAAGAGAAAUUACUGAUCUUCAUCUUAUCUGUGGCUUUCUCUGAAGCCUAUUGUAUUGUGAAAGUUUUGUAUUGUCAUAAAAUAGACAUUAAAUUUAUUUAUAGUAA